UUUUUGAAUGUCCAGUUUUUUAUCGAUAAUUCCACAAUCACAAGUCUUAAAACAAAAAGUAAUAAACAUUGAUAAGACAAACUGCGAUUCUACAUUCUAGAAAGCUACUUUGUACCAUAUCCAGAAAUUAUAUAGGCUCAAAUGAUUCCAGCACGUAAGCGUAUAUUUAUCUUAAUUUUUGUGGUUAUACUAUUAGUUUGUUUGUUGAGAAUAUUAUUCCAGAAUUCACCCAUGCCAAUUUUAAAUAAUCAACCAGACUACUUCAGAACAGAAGGUGCGCCGGUUCUUUUGUCCGUGUUUUAUGAAGCAUUGUGUCCGGACUCGAAGUAUUUUCUUACCAAACAGGUGUUACCAACUUUUAUGGCAGCUUCAUCAAUUUUGAAAGUCCACCUCUUUCCCUACGGGAAGGCAAAAACUAGCGAAAAAAUUGAAGGCAAACUAACAUUUGACUGCCAACACGGACCGACAGAAUGUCAAGCAAACAUUUACCACGCCUGUGUCGUGAAUAUCAUUGAAAACCCACUAGUUCAACUGCAAUUAGUAACAUGUAUGAUUCAAGACAAUCGUUUUCCACAAGAUGCUAUGCUUAAGUGCGCCAAGCUACAUAACAUAACAAACACUGACCUUAUUGAAAAAUGUGCUGGCAGUACACACGGUCUGGAGCUACUUAAAUUUAACGGAGAAGCUACUUUUGCAAUAAGGCCACCAGUAACUUUUAUUCCAACUGUGACAAUUGACGGAUCACAAGGACGACAAGCCUCUAUUCUAAAAAACCUGCUUUCUGAAGUGUGCAAAGCAGCCGGUGAUACUGAGAAUAUUAUAAAUGUAUGCAAAUAUCCAAACCAAUAAAAGUUCGAAACUUAUUAUCCAAACUAAA